GCGCUCGACAGUCCUUGAAAUCAGCACGUGGUAAGAACAGCGCGAACCACUCACCGCCUCGCCACAACCUUCGACCAUCUUGUCUCCUCCUCCUCCGUCCAUGUCGCGGUCGUCCCUCGAAGAUACUCCCGGAUACUACUCGUCUGCUCUCCACCAGAUCCGCGAGAAAACAGCUUCUGUACCCCAAUCUUACUCGCAUGAUGACCCCGACCUCCGGGAGCGGCUGGUUCCGAGUGUGAAACCUCCAGCCACACACACUCCUAAUGACCAGGAGUUCUACGUGCCAGAUGUCCAGGCGGGGGUACACAGACCGAACGUCAGGCUCCUGCGCGACCACUUCUUCGACGAAGGACGCCUCACCGAACCACAAGCCCUGUUCAUCCUUGAACAGACCACGACGCUCCUCACGCAGGAGCCCAACAUGCUGCAGAUUGAUGGACCAGUAACAGGUGAGUUGCACUAGCCAGUUCCAUCUCACAAGGGUUCCUUCCGCGCCGACUACCAUACGCCCCCCACUACAUCGCACGCGAUCCUUGAUUCACCGCACCACUGUUUCAUACUGCACGCGCGUCUCGCCCGAUGCCAAGCAGGACCCGCAUUAUGUGUGAGGAGGCCCUCGCCGCGUGCCAUUAAGGUGCUGGGCUGAGUAGAAGG